AUGGCUGAGUGGGAAACUACCGCUGAAGGAGUAACUGACGCUAUCGUCGACGCACCAGAGAUUAAAGUUUUUUCAAAAUGGUCUCUUGCUGAUAUCGAAGUUUCUGAUAUCUCCCUUGUUGACUACAUUGCUGUCAAAGACAAAUCUGCCAAAUAUCUUCCACAUACAGCUGGCCGUUGGCAAGUAAAGAGAUUCCGUAAAGCUGGAUGCCCAAUUGUUGAGCGUCUUGCUUCAUCACUUAUGAUGCAUGGAAGAAACAACGGAAAAAAACUUAUGACUGUUCGUAUUGUUAAACACGCUUUCGAAAUUAUUCACCUUCUUACUGGAGAAAAUCCUGUACAAGUCCUUGUUAAUGCUGUCAUCAACUCUGGACCACGUGAAGACUCCACUCGUAUUGGUAGAGCUGGAACCGUUAGAAGACAAGCUGUUGAUGUCUCACCAUUAAGAAGAGUUAAUCAAGCUCUUUGGCUUCUUUGUACUGGAGCUCGUGAAGCUGCUUUCCGUAAUAUUAAGACAAUUGCUGAAUGUUUAGCUGAUGAACUUAUCAAUGCUGCUAAGGGAUCAUCUAACUCUUAUGCUAUCAAGAAGAAAGACGAACUUGAACGUGUAGCCAAAUCUAAUCGUUAA